GCCCCUGGAGCAGGCCAUUGCGUCGGCGGCGAGCUGCUGCUGGGCUGGCCCGCGUUCCUGCGCUCCGUUCCCUCAAACCAUCGGAGUCCACGCCGAACAAGGCAAUGUUACUUGAAAAUCAAUCGAGGGUCAGCAUCAGCUCCUGAGUCCACAACACAGCGCGUGGUGAAAUUAUGUUUUUAUCAGGUGCCUACUCAGAGUUUUAGAGAUAGUCGACGACGUCAUCUCCGUGGUGGCAUCGUUUUGUCAUUCUGUCGGUCGAGUUUGGUUGCUUGCAUUUGGAGCGCAGAGUGCUGUACCCUGAUUCUGGAGUAAGGGACAACGAGGGGAGUUGCAAAGCUGUUGCACGAAUUGGCAUGCUCAUCGCUUGUCUGGCGGCGAUUGGGUUCAUGCGAUUGGCUCUGUGGGGGCGGAGUGGACAAGAGCGGAAGAGGAAUCAAUAGGGAAAUCGUAAAGAUUUUUCGGUGCGUAGCUCCAUCUCCGCGGGGAGCAGGUUUGAGGGGAAGAGGAAGGAUAAUGUGUAGGUGAAUAGGUUGUCUUGUCGAUUAGUGCGGCGUCGCUGCGAGUUCCGAGGUUUUUUGAGGUUGGAAGUCGGUGCCGAUUUCUUUCCGUAAGGGCGGUUGUCAGCACUGGAGGGUUUACCCCUCAGUGUAGUUAGAUUAGUUGCGAUAGGUGUCAGUUCGGAAGGAACGCGAGGAUCUGAAAGCGACGAGGAUUGUGGAUUCGUGGCAUUGCUUACAAAUGUUAGUAUGAUGAGUACCCCCCAAUGAUGUCCUUUGUGAAGAAUCUUUAAGAUCUAGCCUGGAUCAAACCGUGAAUUAGACAGUGGAUCUUGUUCAUCUUCAGUCGUCACAAUGGUUAAGUCUCAGAAGGUCCUGGAGACUCAAUUCCUGCAUGCAAAUGCGGAUGAAAGCUCAGCAUUGCAUGUUUCGAAGUCUGUUGAGGGUACCAAAUUAUUGUACAUUUUGGUUCAAGAUGAGCCUGCACCGGGAGCAAAGGACGUGGAGCAGGCCCCAUCUUACCGUUACACACGGCCAAUGCUGGCGAGUACGCUUCAGCUUAUGGGGUGCAAACCCCGACAUUCCAUCAAGAUAAGUGAUCGCGUUUUCGAAGUGAUCCGAAGCCAGAUGCCACCUAAACAAUCCAAGAGAGAUCAAUUCGUUGGGCUCGCGCCUCUAGCGGAUAUGGAUAAUAAAGAAACGGAAGAGCAUAUCACGAAUGGACUUAAAGUGGAUCCAAAACCACUGAAGAAGCGGUCGACAUUUACCGUGAGCAGAGAGAAAUUCCUCGAUGUGGUGUGCGAGGGACUGGCACAGCACCAGUACUUGGGUCCCAAACAGCGGACUGAUCUUAUGGUCGCUUGCAGGAUUCGAGAAAAGAGGACAUCAGUGACUGUUCUACUUUGUGGAACGAGUGGCUGCGGGAAGUCCACGCUGGCUUCUUUACUGGGACACCGUCUUGGGGUCACCACAGUGGUGUCUACUGAUUCUGUUCGGCAUAUGAUGCGAGGAUUUGUUAGCGAGGAGGAAAAUCCUUUGCUUUGGUCAUCUACCUACCAUGCUGGGGAGUUUCUGGAUCCAGAGGCAGUAUCAGAAGCGAUUCAAAAGAAAAAAGGACAUAUAGGCAUUUCUUCAACAGGCUCCUCAACUCCUAUUGACUCUGACAGUCUCACAGAACUGGACCCUAAACUUUUUGGUAGCAAUGGAAAUGGUACAUGUAACUAUGGCAGUCAAUGUAGUACCAAUGGAGAUGGCUCUAAUAGUGAUAAUAAGGGCAAAGGGGUCGUUACAGAAGAUGGCCCUUGUUUGAGGCCUUCUGGGAGUGGGAAGAUGGAGAAUGCUGAGUGCCUAGUGAGCGCUAAGGUGAUGGCAGUCCAAGGUUUCAAGGCUCAAAGCGAGAUGGUGAUGGACAGUCUCGACCGACUCAUUACAGGGUGGGAGAAGAGGAGAGAGUCCGUUGUAAUUGAGGGUGUCCAUCUAAGUCUAAACUUUGUGAUGGGUCUCAUGAAAAAGCAUCCAUCAAUCAUACCGUUCAUGAUGUACAUCGCUAACGAAAGCAAACACAUGGAGAGGUUUGCAGUUCGUGCAAAGUACAUGACAUUAGAUCCUUCCAAGAACAAGUACGUGAAGUAUAUACGAAACAUCAGAGCCAUCCAAGACUAUUUGUGCAAGCGUGCUGAUAAGCAUCUUGUACCGAAGAUCAACAACACCAAUGUAGAUAAGAGCGUGGCUGCCAUUCAUGCAACGGUUUUCAACUGCCUGCGGCGAAUGGAAGAUGGAGAUAUGCUGCUUGAUCUAAAUACAAACACUGUCAAAGUCGUUCACCAAGAAUACUCAAAACAGUAUACUGCAUCAGCCUUGGGGUCUAAAAGUAUGUUCCGAUUAAUUCAACGUCAAGGGUCUUCCCGAAACCUGCUGGCUAUUAUGAAUGAUGAUGGAUCUGUGGAUAAAGCAUGGCCCGUGGAAUGUGCAAAGAAGCCGGAGGCCAGUGUAUUUGAACACAAAGUGGUUGGAUCUACACUUUAUGGGCCGCUGUCUGUUGGUUCUGCUGAACCUGUUCGUUUGCAGUUUGGUAAUCUUGGUUUGAGUGCCUGGAAAAGUGAUAAUGGGACUUCUAGCGAAGAUAGCGGCCCAGGAGUUACCUCCUACGGUGGUGAAGGUUCCUUCGAUAAUGGUGAUCUCCGUCAUGCAACAGCUGGCUUCUCCGGAAUCGGGACAGAUAAGGAGCUCAAGGUGGACAUCGAGGUUAAUGGAAGUGAUGAAGAGUUGGAGGAAGCUGGUGAAGGUGCUGUAAAAGGAGAAACGAGCGAGUCUGAGCUGGAACGUGUGGAAGAGGAUGAAAUGGAAGGGUCUAUGGAUGAUGACAGUGGCCGGUCCGAAGGUGAAGGUGACGAUGACAUUGUUGCAAGGGAAGAGGAUGAUGCAUACUGGGAGGUCGAGGAUUCUAGUCCUUUACAAAAAGCUUCGCCUGGAGUUCUUGUUAAAGAUAAGAAAUCGCACAUGUUACGAUUGCGAUCUUUUGAUAAAACAGCUGUAGGUCGUGCUGCGCCAGUACUUCGAAGAUCAAACUCUCACAAGAUUCGGUCAUCUUCAAUAAAAAACUCUCCGAAAAGACUUUCGCCAAAAUCAGUAAUCCAGGCAGCAUUCGCCACUAAAUUCCCGUAGCUUCGUUAAACUGCCGUGGUCUUGCACCUUGGAAGCGGGUUUGUAGCAGUUCCUCUCUUCGUUGUAGCAGUAGACAUUGAAGUUUUGACGCACUAUUUGUGUCAUUCUGAUUGUAACAUCAAUUGUACAUAUGGUUAGUGAAGUAUCAGAUUUCUGCCAUCGUGCAGAAAUCACCUCAACAGGUAUUAUCGGAAUUUCCCCGUGUUAUAUCAACUCAUAUGUCCCACUGGCACUCCAUUUUCAAUUAUUAUUGUUGAAAUCUUACACAUCA